GGAUACACAAGCUCAUUGUGACUCGAGGUGACGGAUCGCUCACACAUACCCCACCGCCGUUCCAGUCCCGCUGGAACCCACUGAACUUCUCUGCCAAAUCAGCGGCCCAAGUUUUCCUUCCAGGUCACUAUUCUUCUCUCAAGGGCGUCCGCCACUUUCCUUCUCUUUGCCUCUUUCGUUUGACAUUUUCUUAAAAGAGUAAAACUCGCUGUCUAGCAGGAAUAAAAGUGUUUUCUGAAGUUGGCUUGGUUUGUUGAGCGACAAAUUCGCGCAGUGAAUCGGAGGAAAAACUGAGUGAAGAUUAACUCUGGUAACUGUCGAGAUAAUUUGUGGUUGCAUUCGAGCGAGGAGAUUUUAAAGACAUAAGAUCAUGGUUGGGGGACCACAGGGACUAUUCAUAGUAGUUCUGGUCCUCUCUCGAACCUUUGCUUUACCUCAGCCUCCUCUGUCGACCGAAGAUGUCACAGACUACGAAGAUGGCCCUACCAACAUGUUUGUGCGACAGACCAGGAAACACGCAAGACCCAUGUUCUACAUCAACUGCAGCUACAGGGACUUAUGCUACUGCUACAGCAAGAUCACCAGGCACCACUACUGCUGUUCCUGUGACGUAGGAGCCUGCUUCCCUGGCACCGCGAAGGUCUCCACCUCCGCCGGUGCCUUCACGACGAUGGACAAGCUCAGGACGGGAGACGACGUCCUCGCUGUUGAUGAAUCUGGAAAGAUAGUAGCAUCACAAGUGCUGGGAUUCAUGGACCGGCGGCCGAGCGAGAUCUCUCUGUACGUGACCCUGCGCACAGCCGCAGGACAGAACCUGACGCUCUCCCCCAACCACGUGCUCUUCAAGAGCGCACUCAACUCCAGCCAUCCAGUCAGUACUUUCGGUUCGGACAUCAGCAUUGGAGAUGUGAUCUUCUCUGUCAAUAAAACGGGCCUUGAGAGAACCAGGGUGGUGGCUGUCGAGCACAGUGUCAUACAAGGUGCUUACGUGCCCUUAACAAAAGAGGGCACUCUCAUCGUGGAUGGCACCAUGGUAUCUUGCUAUGCUUCGUAUCGUCAUUCCCUGGCUCAUGCAUUCCUGGCACCCGUCAGAGCUUUCCCCCUGUUACUGUGGCCUCGCCCAGGAUUCUUCUCAAAUCUUGGUUUACUCAUGAAGAAUGUGAUCAAUGGAUUUGGCGAGAACUCCUUAGAAUUCCUGAAGGACUUCUUCACGGGACACCAUGAGAUCAAACAAUCCAUGGAGGGAAUCCUGCAUUACAGUGAGCCUAGGGGUCACUUCACGUCAGAGCCUGAAAUCCGCAAGAAAGAAACGCUCCAUUAUUCUUCCUUCACUAGCGAAGAUGCCACCAUGCUCGAAGGAGAGGGAGAGGCCUUCUACAUCACCCUUGUGAAGCUCAUCGGAUGGCUACUCUUUCGAGACGAGAAGGCUGUCACUCCAGUCAUCCAGCUGAAUCCACAAGUUCAGUGGGAUGGCUUUUCCCAACUAUUUAUUUCCUCCAGUGCAUUUACCAACAUCCAAUCUGCAAUUCUCCAAUUGGUGACAAGGUCAUGGUAAUGAAAUUUCCCAUGUCCAUUGCCUAGGGAUGCUGCCAGUGCCCAAAGAUAGCAUGUUCAGUGCCCACAAGUGAGACAAUAUAUACCUUUACUGUAAACAAGACACGAGUCAGUUUUUAAUGAGGUGGUCAAAUAAAAUUCGUUAGUCGUACUUCAUGUUUAAAGCAAAAUUUAAGUGAAAUUCCAUAUUAUAUAGUCAAAAAAUGCUAAAAAAUCUGUUGCACCAAAAUUGGUGGUUCCAAUGAUGGCAAUUCAUGCUUUACUAAUAAGAUCCAAAAUGCCAUUUCGCUGCAAUAAGGGUUCCUCUGAAACUUUUAUAUAAUCUGCUUCUUCCAAUUCUUCUUGUCUUAAAAAGCUUUAAGUUCAUCAAGAAACAUUAUAUAUAGAUAUAUAUAUAUAUAUAUAUAUAUAU